AUGGAGUACCGUACACCUCAUGAACUCUCCUUUAGUGGUAAUGUUGCACAAAACUGGAAAGAGUGGUAUCAACAAUUUAAUAUUUAUUUAAUAGCAUCUAAUAAAGAUGAGGAGAAUGACAUAAGAAAAAUUAAUAUCUUAUUGAAUUUAAUUGGUCCACAAGGGCAAGAGGGCCAAAGCUUUGAUGAGUUUCUCACUGAAUUAAAAACACUAGCUGCUACUUGUGAAUACAAAGAAGAGGAUAACAUGAUACGAGACAGAAUAGUGUUUGGCGUUAAAGAUCCAGAAAUCAAAGACAAACUACUAACCAUAAGUAAACUGACGAUUGACAAGGCGGAAGAAAUAUGUAAAACCACAGAGGCAACUAAACAAGAACUUCAAGAAAUGGCAACAUCAUCAGAAGUACAUAUGGUAAAAAUGAAGAGUACAGAUAAUGGGAAACUGAACCAUUUUGCCCUAGGAUGUAAGAAUAAAAACAAAGAAGAGGAAAAAGAGGUCCACGAAACGCAUUAUGGUGAGGAGGAGAUGUUUCAAAUCGAUACAAUAUAUAAUGUGCAUCAGAUUAAUAGUAGUUGGACAAAAACAAUAAGAGUGAUUCAUAAGGAUAUAAUAUUUAAAUUGGAUUCAGGGAGUGACGUUAAUAUUAUUCCAUGGGAACAUUUCAAGGAAAUUAAACCUCAACCACAGAUGAGAUCUAAUAAAUAUAAUGUUGAGUCGUAUAGAGGUCAUAAGAUAGAGAGCCUAGGAAAAUGUCAAAUUAAAUGUAUGAUAAGUCCUGAAUGUAUAGAUAAUGUUGAGUUUUUAAUAUUAAAACCUAGUCAACUGCAUAAGUGUAAAAAUAUUAUUCCUAUAUUGGGUUUAGAAUCAUGUGUAAAAUAUGAUUUAAUAAAAAGAGUUGACAUGAUAUGUUCCGAAAAGGAAUUAUUCAUAAAAAAUAAUUUUGAUGUAUUUACUGGACUUGGUAAGUUUCCUGAUUUGUAUGAAAUACAGCUUAAAGAUAACGCUGAACCUCAACCAGCGCCUUAUAGGAGAGUACCACAUACAGUUGUAGAUAGGUUUAUAAUUAAGUUAAAAGAACUAUUAGAAAAAUGUAUUGUGUCUUAUGUUGAUAAACCAACUGACUGGUUAAACAACAUAGUAAUUAUUGAAAAACCAGACAAAAGUUUAAGAUUAUGUCUAGACCCUCAACAUUUAAAUAAAAAUAUUGUAGAAGAAAAUUAUCCUAUUCCAACGUUAGAUGAAAUAACUCCUAGGUUGUUAAAUAAAAAAUUUUAUACAGUUCUUGAUCUUAAGGAUGGAUUUUGGCAAAUUAAACUUACAAACUCAUGUAAUAAUUUAUGUUCAUUUCCGAGCCCAUUAGGUACCCUUAAAUUUAAUAAAUUACCAUUUGGCAUUAAAACUGCACCAAUGGUUUUUCAAAAAUAUAAUAUAAAAUAUUUUGGUGAUAUUCAAGGUUUAACAAUUUAUUUUGAUGACUUCAUUAUAGCAGCAGAUAAUAAAGAAGAGCAUGAUAAAAUUUUAAAACAAGUUAUUGACCAAGCUAGGAAAUACAAUAUUAAAUUUAAUCAGAAUAAAUUUCAGUAUUGCCAGAAUAAGGUAAAAUUUUUAGGACUUAUAUUUGAUAAUAAGGGUAUGUCUAUUGAUACAGAUAGGACAGAGGCAAUAAAAUCCCUAAAAGAACCAACCUCUAAAAAAUAA